AUGUCCUCUUCUAACUGUGGCUCUGCUAGCUCGGGAGGUUACCGCUCCCCUCAUCUCGCCACUGCUCUGUUAGAGGCUGCUAAGGUUCACAUGAGAGAUCCUAAUAAUCAGCUUCACAUAAUUAAAAAUUUGAAGAUUGCUGUCAACAACAUUAUUACUCGCCCACCUCAGCCCGGUGCCAUUCGGAAACUUUUGAAUGAUGUUGUGUCUGUCAGUCAGCCUGCUGAAGGACUAGUAGCUAAUGUGAUCACAGCUGGAGAUUAUGAUCUCAACAUUAGUGCUACUACUCCUUGGUUUGAGUCUUACAGAGAGUGCUUUCUUCAGUCCAUGCCUGCAUCAGAUCAUGAAUUCUUAAACCACUAUGUUGCAUGUAUGCUUGUAGUUUCUUCUAGUGAACCAGAGCCUGUGGAGCAAUUUCUGAAGCUGUCUCAAGAACAACAUCGAAUUCAGCAUAGUAGUGAAUACGUAUUUCCCAAGUGGUUUAUACCAAACACGCUCAAGUACUAUGUGUUACUGCAUGAUGUGAGCACAGGAGAAGAACAAAGAGCUGACUCAAUUUAUGAAGAGAUGAAGCAGAGAUAUGGAACUCAGGGUUGCUAUUUACUGAAAAUAAAUUCUCGGGUGUCUAAUAGAGGAACAGAUGAACAGAUACCAGAUCCUUGGAGUCAAUACCUUCAGAAAAACACUAUUCAGAACCAGGAUUGCUAUGAAGAUUUUCCUUAUACUGUCAUUUCAAACAAGAAUACUGAUCACUUGAUAUCAGAUGGCUUAGACAGUGAAAUUAAAGAUGGCUUGUCAAAUAACUUUAAGACUCAUCCACUUCAACUGGAUCAUCCCAGUGGCAGUUUGGAUGGCACAGAUUACAUGAAGGCUACUGCAUCAUUGCAAGACUCGAAGAAAUUAAAUUCUGGAACUCCUCAUGGUGCUUGUUUAACACUCACAGAUCACGAUCGAAUUAGACAGUUCAUACAGGAAUUCACAUUUAGGGGACUUUUGCCACAUAUAGAGAAGACAAUUCGGCAACUUAAUGAUCAGUUAAUAUCCAGGAAGGGCUUGAGUCGAUCACUGUUUUCCGCUACUAAAAAAUGGUUUGGUGGCAGCAAGGUUCCAGAGAAAAGUGUGAAUGAACUGAAGAAUACUUCUGGUUUGCUGUAUCCACCAGAAGCACCAGAGCUUCAAAUCCGGAAAAUGGCAGACUUGUGCUUUUUGGUGCAACACUAUGAACUUGCGUAUAGCUGUUACCAUACAGCAAAGAAAGACUUCUUAAAUGAUCAGGCAAUGCUUUAUGCAGCUGGAGCACUGGAAAUGGCAGCUGUAUCAGCCUUUCUUCAGCCUGGAGCUCCUAGACCGUAUCCUGCUCACUAUAUGGAGACAGCCAUUCAGACCUAUCGAGAUAUCUGCAAGAACAUGGUUCUGGCUGAACGCUGUGUGCUGCUUAGUGCUGAAAUCUUAAAGAGUCAAAGCAAAUAUUCAGAGGCAGCGGCUCUUCUGAUUCGCUUAACCAGUGAGGAUUCAGAUCUUCGCAGUGCACUUCUGUUGGAGCAGGCAGCCCAUUGCUUUAUAAACAUGAAAAGUCCCAUGGUUAGAAAAUUUGCAUUUCAUAUGAUAUUGGCUGGCCAUAGGUUUAGUAAAGCAGGCCAGAAGAAACACGCCUUACGUUGCUAUUGUCAAGCCAUGCAGGUUUACAAAGGGAAAGGCUGGUCUCUUGCAGAAGACCAUAUUAACUUCACUAUUGGUCGCCAGUCCUUUACGCUUCGUCAGCUUGACAAUGCUGUGUCUGCCUUCAGGCAUAUUUUGAUCAAUGACAGUAAACAACCUCCAGCUCAGCAAGGAGCUUUUUUAAGAGAAUAUCUUUAUGUUUAUAAGAAUGUAACCCAGCUAUCACCUGAUGGUCCCUUACCACAGCUUCCUUUACCAUAUAUUAACAGCUCAGCAACCCGUGUUUUCUUUGGGCAUGAUCGAAGACCAGCAGAAGGUGAAAAGCAGGCAGCAACGCAUGUAAGUCUGGAUCAGGAGUAUGACUCAGAAUCACAACAGCAGUGGAAGGAACUUGAGGAGCAGGUUGUUUCUGCAAUAAAUAAAGGAAUAAUACCUUCAAACUUCCAACCAACACAGUUCUGUUUAAAUCGCUACUCGGAUAAUUCCAGAUUUCCACUUGCUGUAAUAGAAGAACCAAUAACUGUAGAAGUGUCCUUCCGAAACCCGCUGAAAGUUCCGCUUCUUUUGACUGACCUUUCAUUGCUGUGGAAGUUUCAACCUAAAGACUUCAGUGCAAAGCAUGGUGGAGAAACAAAAGAGCUGGGAACAUGUGAAGAUGAUAUGAUAGGAACUGAAGCAAUAGAAGAAUUUUUAAUUAAUAGUGAGGAGACAAAAGUGGCAAGACUAAAGCUCUUUCCCCAUCAAACAGGGGAGCUACAUAUUCUGGGAGUCGUUUAUAAUCUUGGCACUGUUCAGGGUGGUGUGACAUUAGAUGGGAUAGAUCCUUCUAUUGGAUUACAGACAGGAAAGUUUGUCUCCAAUGGGUUAUCUGUACGAGGACGACAAGAUUUAGAAAUCCAAGGGCCUCGACUUAAUAACACAAAAGAGGAAAAAACAUCUAUUAAAUAUGGACCUGAUCGACGUUUAGAUCCCAUUAUUACAGAAGAAAUGCCUUUGUUGGAGGUGUUCUUUAUAAAUUUUCCUACAGGGCUUCUCUGUGGAGAAAUCAGAAAGGCAUAUGUAGAAUUUGUGAACGUAAGCAUGUGUCCUCUUACUGCACUGAAGGUUGUGUCCAAGCAUCCAGAAUUUUUUACUUUUGGUGGAAAUACUGCUGUUCUAACACCACUAAGUCCUUCAGCUUCUGAAAACUGUAGUGCUUACAAGACUGUUGUGACAGAUCCUACCUCUGUGCGCACAGCACUGCUGUCUUCAGCCUCUUCUGUGGACUUCGGGGUUGGCACAGGAGAUCAGCCUGAAGUAAUACAUGUCCCACUUCCUGACACUGUUCUUCUUCCUGGGGCUUCAGUGCAGCUGCCAAUGUGGCUACGGGGACCAGAUGAAGAAGGUGUUCAUGAAAUUAACUUUUUGUUUUACUAUGAAAGUAUUAAAAGACACUCAAAAAUGUGUCAUAGAGUAUUAAGGCACACUGCAGUUAUUUGUACUAGCCGGUCUCUCCAUAUUCGAGCUACUGUCUGCAGAAGUAAUGCACUUGAAGAUGAAGAAGGCAGAGGGGACAAUAUGUUGGUGUUUGUGGAUGUAGAAAAUACCAAUACUAGUGAGACUGGAGUUAAAGAAUUUCAUAUAGUGCAAGUUUCAAGUAACAGCAAGCACUGGAAGCUUCAAAAAUCUGUUAACAUCUCUGAAGACAAAGAUGCUAAACUUGCUAGUAGAGAAAGAGCGAAGUUAUGCUUUAAAGCAGUAAGAUGCAAAAACUCAGAAGAAAAUUACACAUUUGCAGACAUUGUCUUUGGAAAUGAACAGAUAAUAAGUUCAGCCAGUCCUUGUGCAGACUUUUUUUUUCAAAGCUUAUCCUCUGAAUUUAAAAGAACGCAUGUGCAAUCUCAUACUCAUGCAUCUCAAAGGGCUGUGAAACAAUCAUUUGAUGAGACGGUCAGAUUGAUACAAAAAUGCAGUGAAGUUGAUUUGAACAUUGUUGUACUGUGGAAGGCAUAUGUUGUGGAAGACAAUAAGCAGCUUAUUUUGGAGGGCCAGCAUCAUGUUGCCCUUAAUACAGUUGGGAAGGAGGCCUUUUCGUUUCCUCAGAAGCAGGGUUUUAAAAAAAUACUCGGGAAUUCUGAUUGGGAGGACUUGGAACAGGAAUUGCCAGAAGUGGUUCUCUUAAAGUUUUUUCGACCAGAAAACACACCAGUACCUGCAAAACCAACACCGGAGCAGCUUUCUAAUCUUAUCAAGACAAGUCUUCAUUAUCCCGAGUCUUUCAAUCAUUCUUUUCAUCAAAAAAGCCUCUGUCUGGUACCUGUCACUCUUCUACUUUCCAAUUGUUCCCAGGCAGUUGUAGAUGUGAUGAUUGAUUUGCGGCAUAAAACAACGAGCCCAGAAGCACUAGAAAUUCAUGGAUCUUUCACAUGGCUUGGGCAAACACAGUACAAGCUUCAACUGAAAAGCCAGGAGGUCUAUAGCUUGCAGCUGAAAGCUUGCUUUGUUCAUACAGGUGUCUAUAAUCUUGGAACCCCCAGAGUAUUUGCCAAGCUAGCGGACCAAGUUACUUUGUUUGAACCCCCCCCCAAAAGACAAAAUAAAUGGGAUUCUUUUCUUAUAUUGCUGGUUGACAUUUUGCUGCAGUUUUUUGAAAAUAGCACCUCAAACAUCUAA